AUGGCAAACGCAUAUGUCGGCCUAGAGAUACUUCUUGCAAUAGGGGAAACUAUAUCUGUCGAUCAAAUUGAUAUUGCAAGAAAUCAUCUAGAAGUUGCCGUUGAAUCAGAUAGCUCCAUCCCCGAGAACUGGUACCUACUAAGUCGAGCAUGUAUGAAGGCUGAAGACUACGAAAGGGCCUACCAAUGCCUACAAACCGCGAUAUAUGUCGAGAGCCGUUGCCCCUCGUUCUGGAUCACACUUGGGAUUCUAUACUUCGAUAUCGGUCAAAGUAGAGAUCGCCUCGACGCCCUGACCAAAGCUGUAGAGCUAAAUGCUCUUAUCUGGGAGCCUUGGUAUAACCUCAGCGUGUUGUAUGACAGUUGCAAUGGCCAGCAUUCAGACGCCGCUGAUGCCUUUUAUAAAUAUCUUGAGCGCAAGCCAGAGUUGCGUAAUGUCCGGGCACGACUCGAAGCUCAACAAGUCUACGGUGAGGAUAUAAACGAGGGGUUUUUAGGUGGUACCUUGAUUCACGAAAUGGUCGAUUCACCACUGGAUGAUAAACAUGGAUGGUAG